AGCUGGUCAUAUGACCAAGCAGAAGGAGCAGGUGGUUUGUGGUCAUAUGAUGUUUUUAGCUUACAUCCAGGAGCAGCAACAUCCCACUUGAAUCUUCACAUCUCUCCCUGCGUUCAAAGCAGUUUCCUGGAGCGACGCGCCAGUGAACCACAGGAUGUCGUACGGAUCUAUAGAUGGUGGCUCCUUCGGUGGCCGGAACCCGUUUGGGGGCCCCAGUAGGCAGGGCUAUCAGCCAGUAGCCACGCAGGUCAGCCCCUCAGAGCUACAGGACGUGUUUCAGGAAGCCUCCUCCAGUAUCUUCCAGAUUAACACCAACGUGGUUUCCUUGGAGAAAAGUCUUCAGUCGCUGGGUACGUCCAGAGACACAGCAGAGCUGCGGCAGAGCCUACACUCCACUCAGCAGCAAACCAACAAAGUCAUCACCAGCACCAGUCAGCUCAUCAAGCAGCUCUCAGAUAUAAUCAGCGGCUCUUCACGGCAGGAUCGUCUUCGCCUGACCAGACUGAAGACCGAACUCUCCGAUUCUGUGCAGCGCUACACAGAUCUCCAGAAGAAAAUUGCGGAGCGCUCGAGGGCCUUACUCCCCCCCGCACAGAAAGACAAGAAGAAGAGUCCAUCCAGUGAGCAGAACCAGGAGGACCCGCUGCUCCUAAACGUUGCAGGUCCUGAAGAAGGAGCUCAGGCUUUCCUGUCUGAGAUCAGCGAGGAGGAUGUGGAGGUUCUUCAUCAGAGAGAGGAGGCUCUGCUUCAGAUCGAAAGAGACAUGCUGGACGUCAGUCAAAUCAUGAAGGAUCUCGCCAGUAUGGUCCACGAACAAGGAGAUGCCAUAGACAGCAUUGAGGACUACAUCCAGACCACAUCCUCCAACGUGGAGUCGGCCAACCAGGAGCUCGCCAAGGCCAAUCAGUAUCAGAGGCGACUGAGGAAGAGAAAGUGUUACCUGCUGUUGGCCGGAGCCAUCGUCCUCGCCAUCCUCAUCCUCAUUAUUGCUGUUUCAGCAAGAAAAUGAGACUGCCCUCUGUGGUAGCUGCUGUCACGAUGCCCCCCCGACCUACUCAGCUGGUUUCCAGUAUGAGACCAGCAUCUCUGCCCCAUCCUCUCCUGCUCUGCUGAGGCUGCACGUCAGACGGGAUGAAGGCCUUCUACAGACUCCAACAAACCUCAUGAUUUCUGCUUUCUCUGCUGUCCCAUUCUGUCUUCUUUCAUGUCUUUAGAGCGAUUUUACGCGUCAGAGGGAAAAAAACAGUCCAGUCUACCUGAUGUAUGUUUAAGUCAUGAAUCAGAGCAUAAAACCUUAUUUUAAUCUGACCUGACAGAUUCCACACUGCAAAAAACAGAAAUCUAAAUAAAUAAUUUCCCCUUAAAAUCAGUGUGUUUUCUGACACUUUGCCAAAGGAAUAGGACAAUUUACAUUUAAAAUAAGAAAAGAAUAUUUCUUCAUCUUAUUUCAAAUGCAUAAUAUCUAAUUAUCUUGUUCUAACAGUAAAAAUAUUAAUUCCAUUGACAAAUAAUCU